CAAUAUGGCGCAAGGUCGGCCAUUAAGUCGCCAUGGUAGAUACGAUGCCAGUUUUGAAACUCCGUUUGGGGAUAGUGAAAACGACGACUUUCAACAUAUUACAAACCUGUCAUUAAGACCAAAAAGUGGACUAAAAACACGGGGAAUAAUAUCUGAGUACGAUCAGUAUGCAAGAGUGAAAGAUUCAAACAGCAAUUCCAUACCACAUUACAGCAGUAUUCAGUAUAAAACUGGUGGAUAUUUAAACACACAUGACUCAUCUUAUGUUGGAGAUGUUAACCAAAACUCUAUAGUCAUGCAGCCAAGACCUCCAAGCUCAACAGGUCGACCUUCAUCCACUGGUAGACCUUUGAGUACUUCCACUAGAGCCAAGUCUGCUAAAAAGUCUCAGGAACUUAAUGAAUCUGUUUCCCCAGUUCUACCUGAACACCAAAGGCCUUCAUCGGUGUUAUCCAAAUAUCCCCUGUUGCCAGCCAUAGGCAGCCCUACUCAGGAUCUUGACGACUCCACUUCCAGCAGUUAUAGUGGUAGAGAUCACCAAAGAAAGCCUCCACACAACUUCCACAAACAUACAGUUCACAGCAGCUCAAGCUCUGAGAGUAGGGAAACCAAUGCAGUCCCUUCAUGUGAACGGCAUAGUGAGCUAGAGGUGACAGACAUUAUUGAGAGACUAGAUCUCUCACAGCUGGAUAAACAUGAUGCAGAAAAAGGCAGAAGGAAAAAAAGUUUGUCAGGUUCUAGUCCAUCUCAAGCCAAGCACAAAAAUCAGACUCAAUCCAAGUUGAAAUCCAAAGCGGGGGAGGUAUAUGAUGCUGAUGAUGAUGAUUCAGACACACCAGUCUCUCAGAGAGCCGUCUCUUCAAGACUUUUGAAAGCACACAUGAAAAAGCCAGUCAUCAUACCUUCACCUGAUUGUGACUCUAGCAAAGAACUGCUUCUGGCCAUUAAACUGCCUGUUUCUGGGAAGAGGCAUCAGAAAAUCUUCAACGGUAGUGAAACAUUACAAGCUAUUAUAGACUUUGCUGAAGCAGUGUCUGGAGAAGAUUUUAGUGGUUAUAUUCUAGUGUCUAGUGCACCAAAACACACUUACAGAGAUUUGAGUGAAACUAUAGAGAGUGUAGGGCUAGAGGAUAAAUCAGUUUUACAUUUAGAACAAGUUGAUUAAAACUGUCAUGAAGUGUUAUGGAAAAAAGCUAUAAAAAAUCUGUGACAUUGCAGGAAAAAUAGGACUAUCACAUAAUGUAAAGUUGGAGUCUUUUGUAGUUUGUUGAUGGCUCAUCUGAACACUCCCCCUCAACUUUAUCAAACAACAAAACUAAAAAAAAAUAAACAUUUUCAGCGUGGGAACAAAAAUGUGAUAUAUUUUUUAUUAUGAAGACCUUGAAAAUGUAGUGUUGAUGUUUCAUACAUCUGCACAUCUCAUUAACUGCUGAAUACUGUGCUCACUUAAAUACUAAAUGUUUUAUCCUAAGCUGGUUAUAAACUUGUUCUCGAUGUUAUUUAACUGCUGUAUUUAUUACUGUAAAUAUAUAUAUAUU